AUGGCAGGGCCUCGAAGCACGGACCGCUCGGCUGGGCUCGAUAAUCGGCGCAAUUGCAUAUCGGAUCGGCUCAGCUAUCUUCGAUGCCAGUCCAAGGACAAGAACAUCAGUUGUUAUUCCAAUAUAACGACCAACGGUGCCGACACCGAUGACGAUUUCUUAUCUGAAACCGACGUCGUCCACUCUACGGGGUGCGAGUUCUUGUUCACGACGGUGAAGUAUGAGACCGAUGCUGAGAACGUGACGUCGGUGGUUUUCUCGGAGGCGGAGCUCGGGUGGUGGGUCCACGGCAAGUGCCUGUGCUCGGCCAAUGCGAAUUGCACACGUGUCAAGACUCCAGCAGGAGGACCUGGGUUCAGGUGUAGGUGUGGUGAUGGCUAUCAGGGGGACGGGUUCGCCGGCGGCAGCGGCAGCGGGUGUGUCAAAGUUUCUACUUGCGGGUCUGCAGCCUAUAUGUCAGGUAAUUGUGGAGGCUCCAGUAAAGUUGGUGCGCUCGUUGGAGGGAUUUUUGCUGGAGGCGCAAUAACGGCAGGCUUAGCUGUUGUCCUCUACCUCAUCCGAGGCCGCUGCAGUUCUUCAAGGUUCCGCAAGAGCACCAAACGCUUGCUCUCCGACGCAUCCUUCAAUGUUCCCUUCUACCCGUACAAAACAAUUGAGCGAGCGACCGAUAAUUUCUCUGACACUAACCGACUCGGCACCGGAGCAUAUGGAACGGUCUACGUCGGAAAUCUCAGCAACGGUGAUCUCGUCGCAGUCAAAAAGAUCAAACACCCUGAACCUGAAACCGUCGAACAAGUGGUUAACGAAGUGAAGAUGAUCUCUUCAGUAAAUCACCCAAAUCUAGUUCGAUUACUAGGCUGUUGCAUUGAAAGAGGUGAACAAAUUUUAGUCUACGAGUUCAUGCCUAAUGGUACAUUGGCUCAGCACCUUCAAAGACAACGAGGUGUUGGUCUCCCAUGGACAAUUCGACUUGCGGUUGCAACGGAGACAGCCAAAGCCAUAGCCUACUUACAUUCUGCAGUCCAACCGCCAAUAUACCAUAGAGACAUUAAAUCCAGUAACAUACUGUUAGACCACCAAUUCAAUGCCAAGAUUGCAGAUUUUGGCUUGUCAAGAGCUGUAGUAACUGAUUUCUCUCACGUUUCUACCGCUCCCCAGGGCACGCCAGGAUACGUUGAUCCGCAAUACCAUCAAAACUAUCAUUUAUCGGAUAAGAGUGAUGUGUACAGUUUCGGAGUUGUUCUUAUGGAGAUCAUAACGGGAUUAAAAGUGGUGGACUUCAACAGAGUUCAGAGUGAGGUUAAUUUAGCUGCGAUGGCCGUUGACAGGAUCUCAAAGGGGAAAGUAGAGGAGAUCAUAGAUCCCUUUCUUGGGAAGCAGGGGGAUAGUUGGGCAUUGGCGUCAAUUCACAAGGUUGCUGAGCUAGGGUUUCGGUGUUUGGCGUUUCAUAGGGAUAUGAGGCCAUCGAUGAUGGAAGUUGCGGAUGAAUUGGAGCAGAUCAGGCUGAGCUGCUGGGCUCCGAAGGAUGGGGAUGUUGUCGUUCCGCAGCCCGUUGAGCUGUGCACAUCACCGUUGAUGGAAGGGAGUGAGAGAGUGGAGAGUGCAAGGAGUGAGGGAGUGGAGAGUGCAGGGAAGAGUAAGAGAUUGGUUGUGAGUGGGAGGAUUGAGGAGAAGGUGAAUUCACCUGUUUCUGUGCAAGAUAAUUGGGUCAGUGAGCAGAGUACUCCGUCAUCGAGUAGCUUGUUGGGGUAUCCAAAUCAUUGAUUUAUGGUUAGCUGGUUGCUUUGUGUUCGAACUGGUAUGUGCAUAAUGGGUUAAAGAUCGCAAUAUAUGUUCCCGGAAUCUGCUGCUUUAUAUUGAUCUGUAAGUAGCCCCUGCUUUAGUGUAGUCCACAAAGGCUUAUGAAAUUUUUGUGAAGAAAUUACCAAGUAAUUGCUAUAAAGUUGAGAGAAAUGUUUAUCUAGGCCA